CCCAGCCCGGAAGCGGGCGCAGGGGCCCCGCGUGGCGGUCUUGACCCGCAACCCCUUGGCGCCAUGGCAACAGCCUUCAGUAGCGACGGGGAGGCCGCGCUGCGGCGGGAGCUGGGCCCGACGGCGGCGCCGCCGCCGCGAGGAGACCUUGACAGCUUCUACGAGACGGACCGGGCCGCCGCCUUCGUGCGGGAUGGCGGGUUCCGCAAGGUCGCCCUCCAGUUCCCCGACGAGCUUCUGGCGGACGCGGCGGCGUUGGCGGCCCGGAUGGAGGAGGCGACCGGGGCCGAGAUGUACGUCCUAGGAGACACCACGUACGGCAGCUGCUGUGUGGAUGAAGUGGCCGCCGAGCACGUAGGUGCUGAGGCGGUGCUGCACUACGGCCCAGCCUGCCUCAGCCCCUGCAGAAAGCUCCCGGUGCUGCAUAUCUUCGGGCGGCAGCCCCUGGACAUCGGGCAUUGCACAAAGACCUUCCGGGACCUCUACCCUGACCGGCAGAGCCAUGUGGUGGUGCUAAGCGAUGUGGUCUAUGCCCAUGCAAUGGGUGAGCUGGAGCAGGAGUUGUGCCCUGAGUACCCCAACGUCAUCUUUUCUAGAGUGGUGUGUGGGGACCCUCCUGGUCCCGCACUACCUGGAGAGGAGCGGCGGUUUGGUCGCCAGUUCCUGGUGGAGGCACCAGGAGGGCUGCAGGACUGUGCCAUGUUCUAUGUGGGAGCCGAGGGCCUGGCCCUCACCAGCUUCAUGCUGACCUGGAACCGUUGCCCCUUCAGCUCCUUUGAUCCUACCACCGGCUGUGGCCGCCACGAGACUCUCAAUGUCAACCGGGCCCUGAUGCGACGCCUCUACCUGGUGGAGCGGGCCCGGGACGCCCACGUGGUGGGCAUCCUGGUGGGCACCCUUGGCGUGGCGGGCUACCUGGCUGUGCUGCAACACCUCCGGGAGCUUCUGCGCCGGGCUGGCAAGCGCAGCUACACACUGGCUGUGGGGAAGCCAAACCCUGCCAAACUGGCCAACUUCCUGGAGGUGGAUAUCUUUGUCCUGGUGGCCUGUGCUCAGAACUCCCUGCUGGACUCCAGCGACUUCUACCGGCCCAUUGUGACGCCCUAUGAGCUGGAGCUGGCCUGUAACCCAGCCCGCGAAUGGACAGGGAACUACCUCACUGAUUUCCGAGACCUGCUGCCAGGUGCCUGCGCACAUGUUGAACUCCCACCGGCCAUCCCUGCAGCAGAAGCUAUUCCUGACAUCUCGUUGAUCACAGGGGAGAUGCGUGCCACCCACCUCUGCGAGCCCCCAGCCUCCCAGCUGCCCCCUAGCACUACCCUGGCCUGCAGGGACCAGACACGGGCCCUUGCAGAGAUCAGCCCUGCUGCCUCCUUCCUGGAGUCCCGCAGCUGGCGGGGUCUGGAGCAGCGGCUGGGGCAGAUGCCCAUCUCCAAGGCUACGCAGGGCCGACGGGGGAUUGCCAUUGCCUAUGAGGAUGAGGGACGCGAGCAACCCUGAUUCAGCAGCAGCAUCGGCACCUAGCCCGAAACAGGGCCAUGUGGGUGCCCAAGCAUUGCCAGCCAACAAGUGUUGGAGCUGUGAGGGUCUCUCAAGGGUCUGGACCUGCCACCAACUGGCCUUGCGUUGGAUGCAGCUUUGGGUCAGUAGUACUGUGGUGGGAGAGCAGGUGUGUGUGUGUUCGGGGAUGCCUGGGGCUUACAGCCAGGGCAGCAGCAGGGCCAGGAGAGGUGCUUGGCCUGGACCAGCCUCUGAAGGUUCCCCAGUCCAGGGCAGUUUUGGCCCUACAUGCAAAAGUUAGAGCUUUGCACAAGCUGACAGUCUGAGGACUUGAGGCUUUUGUGGGCUACUGUUACUAACUAAAGCUGAAUGGAAAAGGACUUGUAAUGAAUCAUCUUCUAGAAUAAAACAUGGGCUGAGGAGCACA